AUGGGUUCCUCUAUACUCAAAACACAAACAAUCAUAAUGGUUCUAUCAGUGUUGUUCUUGAUUGUGUGUACAGUGGCUGAAGAGGAGAACAGAAACGGUUUUUGUUAUGACCCGCAACCUCAACCCAAAUCAGAUUGCGAUGCACAAAAAUGUUCUGAUAAAUGCGUAUUUAUGGGCUACAUUAGAGGCCUCUGCAAACUCAUUUAUCCACCUACGCCUUAUGCAGUUUGCGUUUGUGAAAAGCCUUGUACUUCUUCAGAAGUAAAUGAGACCAAUCUUUGAUAUUUGGUAUCAUGACAUGUAUGAUACUGUUUUGUAAUUGAAUAAAUGAUAAACCAUUUUCCUAUUUGUUCACUGUUAUCGGGAACUGCUAAUGUUAGACUCCUUUCAUGAUGUUUAC